AUGAUGCUGUUUCAUGUCAGAGUUGUAAACCGCCGGCUGAGCCCUCAGCAGUUCUUGCAGCUCCAGUGCAGUGUGUGUAACCCUAAAGCGUGUGUUGUGGUGGCAGGGGCGCAGGAACCUUUUGGGCGCUCCAGGACGAAGACGUGUCAGGUCUGCGGAAAGGUGUACGACAACAUGACCCACCUGAAGCGCCACAUGAGCGUGCACACCGGGGAGAGACCUUUCAGCUGCUCAGUCUGCGGCAGGUGUUUCAGCCGCAGGGACCACCUCACACGCCACCACAUCAGCCACACCGGCAUGAAACCGUACAGCUGCUCCCUCUGCCCGAGCGCUUUCACCUCCAACCAGAGUCUGAAGAGGCACAUGGACUCGCACCAGCAACCUGAGGCCCGACCACUUAUCUACUGCAGCAUGGACUGA